UUCGUCGUCUUCCUCAGCGAUAAAAAUCCGCUUCGCACGGUCAGACGAAACCCUAAUCGGCGAUACCAGAUACCUCAGGCGAUCUUCCGGCGUCGAGAGGUGCUCUGAUUUGUUACUUUGAUCGGCGAGGUGGGGGUCUUUUUGCUAUCGGUUUGUGCUGGUGGUGUUUCCUUGUGAAUCGGAGGUCAAUGAGGGUGGGGGAUCAGAUGUCGGAGGAGGAUUUUCUAGAACUUAAGUUCAGGCUGUACGAUGGGUCGGACAUCAGGCCGAUACGGUUCUCUUCUACAUCUACGGUGGCUAUUGUCAAGGCAAGGGUCGUUGCAGACUGGCCAAAAGACAAAAAAAUCAUCCCCAAGUCAGCUACCGACAUAAAGCUAAUAAGUGAUGGGAAAAUUCUUGAGAACCACAAGGCGAUCACGCAAUGUAGACCCUCAUUUGGCGAGCUCGCUGGAGGAGUAAUUACCAUGCAUGUAGUGGUGCAGCCAUCAUUAGGUAAAUCAAAAACAGAGAAGAAAGUGGAAGACCUGCCAAAGAAACCCAGAUGUUCAUCAUGCACCAUCUUAUAAUUCACAAGAAGAACAGAGAUUUAGCUCUAUUUUCACUGCUGCUGCUGCUCCUGCAUCUAUCUUCUAUUCAAUUAGACAGCUAAAUGAACAGCUUUGAAGAACACAUCUGCAGCAACCUCCAGUUAGGACUAUUCCUGCUUGCCAUUAGUAAAGUCCUUUAGGCUUCAAAUGUACUGAUUGUAAUAUUAUAUAUCUAUAUCCGUAUUAGUGCCAGUAAAAAUAGAUUGUUCGGUUCAAUUGAAAAAGUCUCUUUUGAUUGAAUCUUCUGACUUUUAUUGAAAUCUCAUGAAAGUUUCUGUUUUA